CCUCGCCAUCCAAAUCCGCCAUCCAAACUAGCCGCACGAAUCCAGCAGCGGAGGUGCACAAUGAGCAGCUCUUCCCCGCCGAAAUCCCCUCGUGGUGUUGGCGGUAACAGUCACAGCAACCCGCGAUUCUUCGACGCAAAGGCUAAGAGCCACUGCUGGGGAAAUGCGGAAACUGUCCCUGGCCGACACCCGGAGAGGUGGCGCAAAGACGCCGCCGGAAAUAUCGUAUGCAGGCGGUUCUGCAACUGCCAGGGCUGCCUCUGCUUCGAGUACGAUCACAUCGUUCCCUUCUCCAAAGGUGGUGAAUCUGUACCGGACAACUGCCAGAUACUUCAAACUCGUGUGAAUCGAUACAAAUCUGACAAACAAGAGAUUGACAAAACUCUCCUCAGAGGCUACUCUUGCGAUAUUAAGUUCACUGACAAGGAGCUUGACAUUAUUGAAAUGGCUGUUUAUGGAGAUGUCAUCCGGCCUGGAAACCAGUGUCGGUGCAGAUCUGUCGCCGAAAUGCUUGGCCAGUUUAAAUCAAAGGAUCAAACACCUGCUUGCAAAUUGCCAGACGAAUAA